CAGCAGGAGUCAUUACUAGAACAGGAAAAACUAUUACAGGAUAUGCUUUAGUAGGAGGUAUCUUUGCAGGAACAGAAUCCAUACUCGCGAAUGUUCGUAAAACAGAUGAUUGGGUCAAUGGGGCUGUUGCUGGAUGUACGGCAGGAUUAACAGCAGGAAUAAGAGGUACUCUCAACUGGUGA